CGUGUCAGUGUCAAUGAUUCAUAGCAAACAUAAUGAUUCAUUACAAACAUGUACUUAUUCUCUCCAUUUCUAACUAGCUAUCUUUAUAAUUUUUUGGGGAUUGGAAACAGGUUAGAUGCUUUUAUCUACGAUUACCUCGUGAAGAAUCAAUUGUAUGAAACUGCAAGAAUAUUUCAUGAUGAAGGCAAUGUUGAACAGAACAUUGUUAUGGAUGCACCUGGUGGUUCACUCUUCGAGUGGUGGUCUGUUUUCUGGGAAUUGUUUAUGGCCAAACAAGGUUUUUCACACUCAGAACCAGCAUUAUCUUACCUUAAGGCUCAAGAAAUGCGGAAGCAAGAAGAAGAAAUAGAGAGAAUCCAGUUCAUAUUGCAGAGCCCUGCUCAGCUUCAGCAAUAUGGGGCUGAAACUCAAGAAAGUGUUAAUGGCAUUGUUCUCUGUCCCAUAAACAAUGCUCCUAUGGUGAGGCAGAACCGGGUUACUCCUAAUACAAUGGCAACAAAACUAAAUGAGGACAGGUUGGCAUCUCCCCUUCAGGGAAAUGCUUUAGAUGACAGGACCUUUAAGAUAAUGAAUGCUUAUACCCGCGGUCAGCUUCCAAUGGAGGAUUGUGCCAUGUUGUUCAACGAAAUAACACCAAUAACUGGUGGACAACCUUCAGGACAAACAUUGGCCAGUGCACUUAGCAUUUUACAAGAGAAACUUCGACAGGAUCAAAAUCAGAACCAGCAACUUCCAGGGUUUACACAAGCCAUGCACAGUGGCAUGAGUGCAAUGAUGAGGUCUCGAGCUGUUGUUUCAGAAGGAUCCAGUUACAGUGUUCAUCAUGGUUCAAAUCAAGGUGGUAGCGACUUGACUCUGAAAGGGUGGCCUUUAGCAGGACUGGAUGAGCAUCAUGCGGAACUUCUUCAUAAGCAUAAUUUGAUUCUGCCUUCACAAUCUUCCAAUCAAUUUUCACCACGGCAGCAACUUAUGUUUCAGGCACAGCAGGAUUUAGUUAAUCCAUUUGUCAGUGGUUUUGAUGGCAAAAGACCAAGUGUGCUUGCCAAUAAUCAAAAUAUGGUUCCUUGGAACGAUGGCCAAUCAAAUUCUGUAGGUGGUUCCAUUCCCAAUAUUGUAACACCUGCACAAAUUGGUUUCCCUGAAUUGCCUCAUCUGAACUUAGAUAUGACCCAUAAGGCUUCCAAAAGUCAAGUCGAACGGAAGCAAAAACAAAAAGUAGGAUCAUGUUCAGGUCUUGCCAAUAGCUCUGGAACUGCAAACACAAUGGGAUCAUCUUCUGGUUCAUCCUCUACACCAACUAUGCAGUCACGACUGCCAUCUUGGCAACAGAAUGGUUUGGGCUCACUUGCAUCAACACAGAAUCAAUUGGCUCAUAUGGACCAUCUCAAGAGCAACGGAUCUUUGGCGGACAAUUUUGAGUCACUCUCAUCUCUUGCUGAUGCAGACCAUAAUGGACGAGUUGACAGAGGAGUCUCAUUUAAUGAGAUGAAGCAUAUAUUGGCUAGUUCAGAUAAAGUUGACUGUUGUCACUUCUCCUCGGAUGGAAAACUAUUUGUUACUGGUGGUCGUGAUAAAAAGGCUUCUCUAUGGUGCACAAAAUUGUUUAACCUGAAAUCUACGCUUGAAGAGCACACUCAACGGAUAACUGAUGUUAGAUUUAGCCCAAGCAUGUUCUAUGUUGCUACGUCCUCAGCCGAUAAAACUGUAAAGGUUUGGGAUGUUAAUAAUCUUGGUCAUUCUCUUCGGACAUUUACAGGGAAUACAGCUGUGCUGUCACUAGACUUUCAUCCAAGUAAACAUGGCCUUAUUUGUUCUUGUGAUAAUAAGGAGAUAAGAUUUUGGAAUAUUGCAAAUGGUAGUUGUAUUGGGAUUUUCAAGGGUGGUGUAACUCAGGUGAGAUUUCAACCUGGUUUGGGAAAGGUUCUUGCAGCAGCAGUAAAUAAUCUAAUACUCAUGUUUGACACAGAAACUCUGAGUUGCAGAUUUAAAUUGCAGGGCCACAUGAGCCUUGUUCGUUCAGUGUGCUGGCACUCUUCUGGAAAUUAUAUGGCAUCUGUUUGUAAUGAUCUGGUCAAACUCUGGGCCAUUGGAUCUGAUUGUAGAGGGGCAUGUAUUACGCAAUUGAAUGCAACUGAGAGCAAAUUCAAGACCUGCGUUUUCCAUCCGAGCCACAAUAUUUUGAUCAUUUCCUGCAGUGAGUCGCUUAUGCUCUGGGACUAUGUGGAGAGCAAAAAACUUAUUGUGCCUGCACACGACAAGCUUGUAUCUGCAUUGGCAGUGUCAGAUGUUACUGGAUUGGUGGCUUCAGUUAGUCAUGAUAGGACUUUCAAGAUCUGGAAGUGACUUGCACUUGCUGUUGAGAAUAUAGGUUUACAUUCCUUCAGGCAACAAACAUAGGGAGUGGUUUUCCGUAUAUGAAUUUUUGUUCAGACUUGCUCAUAUAUAGGUCUUAUGCUACAAGCAGUAAAUGGCAUGUUUUGGAUUUUUGCCAAUGUAAGUAAUGCGGUUUUCUUACAUUUGGAUUUAGAAAGUGUAUAAAAUAAAAGUGGUAAACCUCAGGAAAAUAGAAAGGAAUACUAUGUUUUGUUAUUAUGCUUGGGAAA